CUCUCUGAAUUAAUUGCCUUUAUUUCAUGUAUUAUAGUCGUUUAGGAUCGAACUUUAUAUGGUUCAUCCAAAUAAUAAGGCAUAAUUAAACAAUUUGUUGAUAUUUUAUAAUGGUUGAUGUGAGGUUAUAGGCUACUCAAGCUACAGUAUAUGCCCAGGAGGAGGUAUUCCUGUUUAAUAGAAACGGGGUGCAACUUCCUUAAUAAGUGACGUCAGAGGGCUGGGAGCAGCGCGCAUGCUCGGGAGUGUGGAGCGGCAGCCGCAGCACCGAGCAGCGAGCGAAACAACAGCAGACAUGGCAAGAGAUGGCGAGGGACGCGAGCACACUGACACCAUGCACUGCUGAAGGAACGGGGGCCUUAACAUUUCUUCACCGAGGCGGUCAGAAAAAUUACAAAACUUUAUAACACAUACCAAAAAGAAAAGAAAAAAAAUAUAUAAAGGAAAGAAACGGUAUUUAAGACAAAAGAGAUACAAAAACCGGAACUUUUUUUCUGAUGAGCGCACUUCUUUGGACACUGCUCCGCUAUAUCAGAUAGAUGAUUUGUCCACUCGCUUGCACGUAUAAUGAACGCCCAGCUGUCUAUGGAGAACAUUGGCGAUCUGCACGGAAUCAGCCAUGAACCCAGCGCAGCGGAUCUCAUGACCGGAGACAGCUCUCAUCACAGAAGCCAUCGGAGCAGUCUGUCAGCCCAUGCGCGCUCCAUGGGUAUGGCAUCAAUCCUGGACAGCGGCGACUAUCAUCACCACCGGCCCCCGGAGCACCCCGGGCUCGCCACCCACCUGCACCCGGCCAUGGGCAUGGCGUGCGAGGCUCCCCCCGGGAUGAGCAUGAGCAGCACCUACACAACCCUCACCCCGUUACAGCCCUUACCGCCGAUCUCCACCGUCUCCGACAAAUUCCCCCAUCACCAUCAUCACCACCAUCACCACCACCAUCAUCACCCGCACCAAAGGAUUCCGGGCAACGUCAGCGGGAGCUUUACCUUGAUGAGGGACGAUAGGGGUCUGGCCCCGAUGAACAAUCUCUACUCUCCUUACCACAAGGAUGUGACCAGCAUGGGACAGAGCCUAUCGCCCCUGUCUGGGUCUGGACUGAGCGGCAUCCACAACUCCCAGCAAGGUCUGCCGCCUUACGCGCACCCCGGGGCCACCAUGCCCGCCGAGAAGAUGCUUACGCCCAACGGAUUCGAGGCACACCACCCCGCGAUGCUGGCUCGACACGGGGAGCAGCACAUGAGCGCGUCCUCGGCGAGCAUGGUACAGAUAAAUGGCAUCCAUCAUCACCCUCACGCCCAUCUUAACGCCCAGGGCCACGGCCAGGUGCUGGGCUCCACACGGGAGCAAAACCACUCUUCCAUGCCCGGAUCGCAGCUCAACAACGGCAGCAAUUCGGGUCAGAUGGAAGAGGUCAAUACCAAAGAAGUGGCCCAGAGGAUCACGACGGAACUGAAAAGAUACAGCAUCCCGCAGGCUAUCUUCGCGCAGAGGGUGCUGUGCCGCUCGCAGGGGACGCUUUCGGACCUGCUUCGGAACCCUAAACCGUGGAGCAAGCUCAAGUCCGGCCGAGAGACCUUUCGCAGAAUGUGGAAAUGGCUGCAGGAGCCUGAGUUUCAGAGAAUGUCGGCGCUCAGGCUCGCAGCGUGCAAGAGAAAGGAGCUGGAGCACGGUAAAGGCGAGCGGGGGAGUGUCUCCAAGAAGCCCCGGUUGGUCUUCACCGACGUCCAGCGUCGGACUUUACAUGCAAUAUUCAAAGAGAACAAGCGCCCGUCCAAAGAGUUACAAAUCACCAUCUCUCAGCAGCUGGGCCUGGAGCUCGCGACCGUCAGCAACUUCUUCAUGAACGCGCGUCGGCGGAGCCUAGAUAAGUGGCUGGACGACGGCAGCUCGAACCCGGUCAACUCCUCAAGCACUUGUACCAAAGCGUGAUGGAGGAAAAACAAACAAACUUCGGUGGAAAAGCUUUAAACAAAGAACACUUACAAAGAGACAAUUUUAGACAGCGUUUUGCCCUUAAAACUUGUACAAAAACGAUAUUUAUAAUAUCCAAAGAGAAAACACCAAAGACUCCUUUGACCCGCAUUUAGGACUUUGUUCGUCCGUGUCUGACAUACUGCAAAAAAAAACAAAAAAAAAAUGAAGUUACACUCCAAUCACUGGUCGCGCCCAUCUCAACACACCUCCUCGUGUCUCUUAACGUGACUCAUUCACGGACUUAUUCCUCGUCAACAAUUGACAUUUGUCUCAAACGUGGAAUGAUUUGUUGUUAUUUACGCCGAUGUCAGAUUCCGUGACGUCACUGAGGCGGGUCUCAAGACCUGACGUCACAGGCUCACCUGUGCGUUUGCAGACAUCCCUUAAAGUCAAUAGGCCCUCAAAUCUAACCUGAAUGCGUACAUAUGACUAGCUGGUGUGGAAUCUCGACACGGGUUGCCCUCAGGAUAGUGCUUUCUUCCUAUUUGUUAGAAAAGUAACCCCGAGAAUACAUAUGCACUUGCCAUCUUGACUCUUCUUAAUCACAGAUGGUAGAACCAAAGAAACAUGUGUAUUUUUAAAUCAGGCCAAACUUUUUAGCCUGCCCCCUUGAAUCAUGUGUCUCAGUGUGGUGUAAUCUGGUAACGUGGAUAGUAGGUAAUUCAUUUUACAUAUCAUUUUAACCCAAUCACCUGUCAGAUACGUCUUUGUGUGUACGCACGCACCCACGCCACAUCCUAAUCCUGCGUCAGUCCAUUCUUGGGAUUAUUUCAGGGAGAUGUUUUGCUAGCUUUAACCUGCCUUUUAAAUCUAUGUUUAAAAUAUUUCAAUGCCAGUGGCUAAAAACCAAAGAUAAACAGCACCUGUCACCCUUUCAUUUUCAUAUCCAUCAGUUCAACAAAACUUUAUUUUUAUGUCUUUCUUCUGGGUGAAAUAGCUAAUAAUGUUUUUGGUUAUUUAUUGUACCUGUUUGCUUUGUCUUGAGCAAAUGUGCAGGCAUGCUUUAACCAUGCGUCCUCCCUCCAAAAAUCUCUAGAUGCCUACCCGAUGUCAACUGUUUGCAGAGCCACAGAGACAGGUGUGAUUCCUCAGGACGUUUAUUUCAGUGCCAUCGUUAUUUUCAUUUCAUGUUAAUGCACAAAAACAGUUCAGAUGACUGGUCACUUCUUAAAAUGUCAUAUCAUAUUAGAUAAGAUUUCUCAUUGAGGUCAUUCCGGCUAAAAGCCUGUUUGCAAGCCUAAUGCAUCAUUUUCACGACAUCAGGGGGCCGAACCCAAAGCCCAGUUUGAGAAAAGGGAGCGCAUUCUAUGCAUUUCACAACUAGGAAGAAAGCAUUAUAGAGUUUGUGAUGUGUUAAGAGACUCAUUCAGACUAAGAUAUCCGGCCCUGUUGUCUCGUGUGGUGUGGUUUAGCUUUAACAUAUAUUUGGUAUUUACGACUAUUAAGUCAUCGAAGCAUACCUAUAUAAAGAGCGCUGCUUCCUCGUGUAGAUUAAAAGAAAAAAAGUGACAAGACCUGCUGAUAUUUAUAGUGUGAACCAAAGAUGCUACCUCAGUCCGUUUCCAUUCGUGAUUUCUAUCAAAGUAAUGAUACCAAAGAAUACCAAAGAUUUGUUCUCUUUGCACGGCCUAAAUGAAUGAUAAGGUGGAUGAAUAGAUGAUGCUGUUUUCCAGCCCUCCUUCUUUCCUUCGCUCUCUCCCUCCCUCUUUUUUGCUCGCAUAACAGCGCCCUCGGCAGACAUGUGUUAAACUCACAGGACGAGUGCCUUGCUUGAACCAAAGUGUUAAACCGCCGUUAACCUCUCGACUCCCACCUUUUAACUCUCGGAAUACCUCAGCCUGUGGAAAGGCCACUGACAAAGAAACAAAGAGGAAUAUUUCUUCUCUCUCACCGUGGUGCUUUUGCCAGUGCAACCAUGCAACGAAAACAUACCAAAGGAAUUUCUCUUGCUUUCUCCGACUCUUUUGCUGACAAACCAAAGUUCCCGCCCACCUCCCUUUUAAGCGCCGCUUGCCCCGCCCCCUCGCCACGUCAUUUGUGGGUGUGUCCACCGAUUAGGCCGUGCACGUCAAUAUCUGAAUACCUCAUAGUAAUAAAUUUUCACAGUUCUGUUGUAUAGAGAGUUUAUGUGAUUAAGGCAAAACCGAACUAGUUUGGUAACCGUACUACUUAAAAAAAAGCGUUGAGUAUUUAUUUUGACGGCUUUUGCUAAAGUGUUCAGUUUCGGCGAGUUUCUGGGAUAUCAGACUGAAACUUGCAGGAAGGACAAGAGAAGCUUAUUUUUUAUUAAAGCUUUGUGUUAUUCCGAUACUCCAAGGAUGUUCGACUAUUCUUUUUUACAGGGUAAAACCAACUGCUGUGAUACUGUGUCUCUAUGUUUCUUCUACUAGCGUGUUGUGAUUUCUGUUUAUUUAAUUGCAUUUUGUAUGGCUUAAUCUCUGUUUUAAUUUAUGUAUUUGUAGAAAAUAUAGAUUUGUACAUAGUAGGUUUUUGGAGAAAACGAAACAAAAACGAAACAAAAAUGGACAUUCACUUUUUAUGUUACAGCCUUAUGUCUGAAGUGUAGAUAUAUGGAUCGAUUUCCAUUCCUCUUUGUUUGUAUGUUAGCUGGCACUUUGGCCCAUGUACAAAAGCACUGCCAGAGAUCCGAAUGGUUCGCCCACAGAGACCCAGAGGACCGACCUCUCUCUGUUGCGUCGCAGGCGGUGUGUGUUGUUUUUUUUCUUUUCCAUUUUAUUUAAAUGUUCUGAAUGAUUUGUUCUUUGUAUUUCAAAUCGUUGUUUUAUGGGUAUUGCUGCACAUCCAAAGAUUUUUAAACAAACCAAAAAGUGUGUGGGGGGAGGGUUGGGGGUACGAGAGAAAGUAGUGUAAUUUUUCAAAAGCACUGGCGUUUGUGAGGUCAUUUGCUGUCUGCACGGGUAGUGGGCAUAGUGGGAAGACGACGUAGACAGGCUUAGUUUAAUUGAUCGGGGCAUUUCCUGCUAAAUGGUACAAUCGGGACAGGGGGCUUCAAGUCCUGCUCACUUUGCUGUGUGGUUUGGGGAGUGGGUGGAGCCUAGUAGGCAGCAGGUCUGCCGUGGGCGGGGCAGGUUUUUAAUUGACCUGGCGCUGUCUAUUUCCAUCUGCCAGUUUUGGCGCGAACGUGUAUGCUGACAAUGAGCAAAGUCUAAUAAAUCUGUAAAGAAAACAGGAAUUGGUGUGUGCAUGUAUGGGGAGGGCAAACGUCUUUUGGUGAAAGGACCUUCUCAACUAGUGGCACCAAAUAGAAUUUGUGAAAAACAACGACGGAUUAUUCAAAGUGCUAUCCGUUAGCAUUAGAUGUAUGUGACCGCGACACCUUUGUUGAUCAGAAUGCACGACUUUAUGAUAUAGUUAUGACCCUCAGAUUCGUGUAAACAUCCCAAGCACAGACAAACAGAUUGCAAUUUAGUUUGGUGCCACGACGAUUGCACACCAUUGACUUUUGGGUGCCUGUGUUUGUCCGUUUCGAACAGAGAAUACCAAAGAAUGGAAAGAAGAAAGCAGCAUUAUGUCUCUUACAUAAGCAGGAUCAAACAUAAAGCCCACAAUAGCGGAGCUGUUCAUCUCACUAUGCUGUACAAUCAGAGUCGGUUUAUUGCAUUAGCUCAAGGUUUGCUGACUGAGGGCUUCCUGUAUGUCCCAUAAAGAGCUUCUGGUGCAGCGCCUCUAGUGUUGGUUUUCUCUCCCCAGAAUCUCUCCUACACCACAGAGUCAGAGAUACAGAACUGUUCAUUCAUAUGACAGUCUAUCUAGGUCAGGUGGCACGUAACACACAGCCCUUCUCUUUCCAAACCUAAGCUCCGCCCCAACCCCGCCCCUUAUGUAGUGUCUAGCUUAGAUAGCUCGAUAUAUGUGAAUGUUGGGAUUGCUCUAAUCAUUAAUUCCUAUCCCAGUUGGUUGUCGUGGAAAAGGAGUUCCCGUUUGAUAGAAGGCUUGGCUCUGCGUGCCGUAUAAUACUGAGAGCGCCUAAGACAAUCAGCUGGAAAACAAAAUCAUGUUUUCAUUUUUUGAUAUUUAUUUUUUUGUAGGUCCAAGAGGGACCACUUCCAGCGAUGAUUAUUAUAAGGAAGGAUGAUUAAGGUUUUGAUAAACUGAAAAAUAAACUUGCUGACAUUUUCUUUUGCUAAACUAUAGUGCUUGUUUCCAUUUCGAAUCUUGUAUGAAGCCGUUUCAGUUAUCUUUCUUCUCUCUUGGCCUGUUUUCUCUGUAUGUUGUGUCUGUUUCAGUGGAGGAAUGCAGUAGGUAUUACUCUCAGGUUGUAAUGCGUCAUGCUCUUAUUUUUUUAUUCUUUCCUAUCGAACUGUUUGUUUUUUUUCCUCUUUCUUCUCUCCUGUUAGCUACUGUUCUCUAUGCCGUGCAAUAUCAUCUUCUGUGUUUGCUAAGCAAGAAAAAAGAAAAAAAGAUGCAAGUAAUGAUGUCACCAUGCUUUUUUCAGUGUUAAAAUGUUUCAGCAUUUCUGUAGUCACAAAAAUGUAGAAAAUAAAAAGGUUGGGUUUUCCAGCACAUCACAACCAGA